AUGGGGUUUGUGACUCUGAUAAGCAUCAGUGGUCUUGUGUGUUUCCUGUUUCAGCUGUACGUGGCCACCGAGGCCAUCCUCAUCGCGCUGGUCGGGGCCACGCCGUCGUACCACUGGGACCUGGCGGAGCUGCUGCCAAAUCAGAGCCACGGCAACCAGUCAGCCGGGGAAGACCAGGCCCUGGGCGCCUGGCUCCUGACCGCCAACGGCAGCGAGAUCCACAAGCACGUGCACUUCAGCAGCAGCUUCACGUCCAUCGCCUCUGAGUGGUUCUUAAUUGCCAACAGAUCUUACAAAGUCAGUGCAGCAAGCUCUUUUUUCUUCAGCGGUGUGUUUGUGGGCGUUAUCUCCUUCGGUCAGCUUUCAGAUCGCUUCGGAAGGAAAAAAGUCUAUCUCACAGGUUUCGCUCUUGACAUCUUAUUUGCUAUCGCAAACGGGUUUUCUCCCUCGUAUGAGUUCUUUGCAAUAACUCGCUUCCUGGUGGGCGUGAUGAACGGAGGGAUGUCGCUGGUGGCCUUUGUCCUGCUGAACGAGUGUGUGGGCACCGCCUACUGGGCACUUGCAGGGUCGAUCGGCGGCCUCUUCUUCGCGGUCGGCAUCGCCCAGUAUGCCCUGCUGGGGUACUUCAUUCGCUCCUGGAGGACCCUGGCCGUUCUGGUUAACCUGCAAGGAACAGUGGUCUUUCUCCUUUCUUUAUUCAUUCCUGAAUCACCUCGUUGGUUAUACUCCCAGGGUCGACUGCGUGAGGCCGAAGCAGCUCUGUACCUCAUUGCCAAGAGGAACCGCCAGCUCAAGUGCACCUUCUCACUAACGCAUCCGGCCAACAGGAGCUGCAGGGAGACCGGAAGUUUCCUGGACCUGUUCCGUUACUGGGUCCUCCUGGGGCACACUCUGACCCUGAUGUUCAUCUGGUUUGUGUGCAGCUUGGUGUAUUACGGCCUAACCCUGAGUGCAGGCGAUCUAGGUGGAAAUAUUUAUGUCAACUUGGCCCUGUCCGGCCUCAUAGAGAUUCCGUCUUACCCUGUCUGCAUCUACUUGAUUAACCAAAAAUGGUUUGGUCGGAAGCGGACAUUAGCAGCAUUUCUGUGCCUGGGAGGACUGGCUUGUCUUAUUGUCAUGUUUCUUCCAGAAAAGAAAGACACAGGGGUGUUUGCGGUGGUGAACAGCCAUUCCUUGUCCCUGCUGGGGAAGCUGACAAUCAGUGCGGCCUUCAACAUCGUGUACAUCUACACAUCGGAGCUGUACCCCACAGUCAUCAGGAACGUUGGGCUUGGAACUUGUUCCAUGUUCUCCCGAGUUGGUGGAAUUAUUGCUCCCUUCGUCCCCUCACUGAAGUAUGUGCAGUGGUCUUUACCCUUCAUUGUCUUCGGAGCCACGGGGCUGACCUCAGGCCUCCUGAGUUUAUUACUGCCAGAAACCCUCAACAGCCCAUUGCUAGAGACGUUUUCUGACCUUCAGGUGUAUUCCUAUCGGAGGCUAGGGGAGGAAGCGCUAUCUUUACAGACCUUGGAUCCCCCUCAGUCUGCGGACAAGGAGAGCCCUCCAGGGACUGAGAGUGAAGAAGAGGAAGAAUUUUACGACGCGGAUGAAGAGACUCAGAUGAUCAAGCACAAAGGAAAUUGGAGAAGAAAUUUUGUGUGUGAGGACAUCACUGCAUUGAGUGAACAGUUGCUAAUUCGCCCAAAAUUCGGGUUUAACUCCAAAUUUUGACCUCUGGUCAGAUUGCUCAAAUCCGCAUGCCAGAGUGGUAAGCUAAUUUGUUUCUAGAAGUUUGAUUACAUUGCUUUUCAACUUCGUGGUGACCUAAAGGCAACUGUGUAGUAUUUCUUCUCACCAUUAAGAUGUAAUCUGUACAUCACACUUGACACCUGCCUGUCAGGUGCUCCUCACUAGGCAUCUGUUGAGGCAAGUUGGUGUUAGCAUUUUAUUUGGGGGCCAGAUUAGAAGCUCUGAGAGGUCACUGUGUGCCCUGAGGCCCUCCAACUGAGGAAAUUUGGGCCCUCGCUUUGGUUCCUGGCCAGUGAUUGGCUUGAGCUCUGGUGCCUUUAGUCCCACAGAUGACCCACUAGGAAAAACCAACAGUACCGAAGUAACUUUCUCAGAGUGCCAGGUGUGGCUGCAUCUUCCUGGUAGCUCCCUUUGGUACUCAAAUCAUGUCAUUUCUUCAGUUCCCGCUUGUGUGAGCCUCUAAAAGAACUUCCAUCUCAGAUUCUGGUACCAGCAGUAACUUCCCAACCAGGCCCAGUAAAUGACAACGUUUUAUAAAGGGGGAGGCCAGUCAACAAGUGACAUGUUGAGCACUUGUAUGUUAAAAGGGGGGAGGAGAAGUGCUGGUUUUAAUAAGGAAGAAAAGAAAUUUACGUUUCACAAUUUUCUGUUUGUUCUCAGUGUUGUGCAAUGAGGGCCUUGGGCAGCGUGUAAGGACUUGAGCUCUUCUGGGCCUCGAUCAGCCCCAGCCUGUUUCGUUAGACUGGAAGGCACAGUAAUUCACAGGCAGUGCUGGCUUUCAUUAAGUACGGCCAGCUUUCAAGCAAGUAAAAGUCGUACUCAGUUUCCCAAAAGCAUGUGCUGAAGGUACUUCCCAUAAAGCUCAAGCGUCAUCUCACAUAGGAGCGCUAACGUGGCGUCCGCCAGUGUGGACAGCCUUGCUCUCGGUCACUUUCCCAACUGGGAAAAUGUCUGUGUUUUCAGAAUUUCCGUUUCCACUAAAUCUCUUGGAGAAAAAUUUCAUUAGAGGUAAAGAGAAGUCGCCACCAUUUCUGCUUCUGGAAACCUUGGAGGCGUCACCCUGAACUGGCUCCAGCGCUCCCCUGUCCUCUUCCUUUGACCUCUUGGUUUGCACUAUGUCAACUUGUAUCUUUUCAUUUGUUGAAGUAUUUUUCUGUCCUUCAUGCCUUUGAUUAUGUAUUGGGCUCUGUAGAAAAAGGAGACAUCUUUACUACUGUUUCUUUCUCUCUGGUGUGCCCAGAACACAGGCCUAGACACAGGAGACCUGAUAAGUGUUACUGUUUCUAGCCAUCAGGGAAAUUGUGGAACUGCUCCCAGUAUCAUUUUUGCAAAUCGCAGGCAGAUCUGACCCAAACUCCCAAACUAUGGGAUUUUGCUGUCUUUCUCUGGAAGAUGGAGACCCCGCCCACCAUCAAGAGACAAAGAAAGGAAGAACUUAUAAGGACGCCUAGAAGCUCUUCUUCAGUGGUCGUGGAGUUAAACACAAAACAACAAACUAACAUAUAAGUGAUUCUAGGUUGGUUGGAGCUCUCUUUGCAUUGUAAGGGUAAUACAUUCAUCUCAUUCUUAAAAAUGUGGAAACUGGGGGGGAGGGUAUAUGUCAGUGGUAGAGUGUGUACUGAGCAUGCAGGAGGUCCUUCAAUCCCUAGUACCUUCGUUUAAAAAAAAAACUAAUUACUCCUCCACUAAAUAAAUAAAUAAAUAAAUAAACAAAUAAAUAAAACAUUUUAAAAGUUAAAAAGGAAUAACAAGAAAAUGUGGAAACUGGAAGUUAAAAAAUGUCUUACUCAUAGGCCCAACACCCAGAGACAGCCAGUGCUGUGGCUUUGUUCUGUUUGAAGACCAGUUGGGAUCCACCUUUCUGGGGUCCCCUCUGCCUCUGGCCAGGUAAAUGGGGAUUCCAUUAGGGGCCCCUGAGUACCCUCUUUUCCCAGCUCUAGCGUGGGAGAAGGCCGGGGAGGAUACACAGUUUGAAUACAUGUUGCUAAGGCUGGGCCGACUAUCAGCUGCUUGUGCAGAUGUGUCACUAUAUUUUGUUUCUUUCUAAAUGAUCUUUUGCAAAGUUUCAUCCCUUUGCCCUUUAUAAAAAAACAUUUUUUUCCCUUUUGCUAUUAACUGUUGAAGAAUGUUGAUUGUGGAGAAUGUGCACAUGAGUCUAUCUGUGUUGAUUAAAUAAUUGGAAAACUCUUAAUUUAUAGGUAACGUAUUUUGUUUGUGCAGGUGAUUUGUAAAAGGUAUCCUUUCAAA